GAUUGAGCUAAAAAUUUAGACUUAGUAGUUUCAGACAUUGUUCUUUCGAAUGCACACAAAAAAUCAAAAAUUUAUAUUUUGACGAGUGCUUCAAAUCUUCGAUGGUGUCAUGGACCUUCUCUUAAUAUUCUUUAUGUCAAAUUUAUUUUUGAUUACAUAUUAUAUCUAUAUGAUAUAAGGAAAAAAAGAAUGUGAUUUACAUAAGUCUACUAAGAUUAACGAAUUGAAAAUUAUUUUAUUAUCAUUUCGAGAAAUAUAUUCGUAAGACAACUAUUUAAUGUUUAGGACUUUUAUAAUUUCACAAUAUUUCAGUACACAUUUAUAAGCAAACGAAAAUUUUUCAUGGAGAAGAUGACUGGAUAUCCAUUCGCAAUGUCUCAAAGAAGUGUUUCAAUAUUUAAUACUAUAGGCAAUUAGUGAUUGAUUUUCCUACUUAGAUCUAUUGUAUAUUCCAUCGCUAAGAAGGAUUAUUCAAUAAAUCUGAACCAAAUACAAAAAAAAAAAGAUGAAUGUUGCCAAUAUGGGUCACAAGUUUGCAAAACUCAUUGUUUUUAUCAAUCAAAGUGAAUUAGGAUUGUGGUUCUUUCAUUAAGUCCAUAUAACAAAGAAAACAUAAAACUAUGUAGUUGUCAAUAUAGACUUGUUUUUUUCGUUUUAUCAAUCUCAUUUAUAUACAUUUCGAUAGGCAGGAAUAGUUUUUGAACAACUCAAGAAUGAAAGCAGCUAAUAAUUUUCGAUUUUCACUAUUUCAAGUGAUUGAUUAAGUGAGCAUUUAUACGAAGUUUUGAACUAACGCACUUUAAGAAAGUUUUUUUCAUUAGUUUUUGGAUUUCAAUAAAAUUAUUCUUUACUAAUCUAUGUAAUAUCAAUUCAUUAAAACACGUCAUUUAAAAUUUAUAAGGGCCUUCCUAGUAUCUCUAGUUUCUUCUGAUAUACAUUUUAUAUCCUGAAAGUAAUUCUUCAGAGAAGCAAUUGAUCAUUCUGAGUUAAAUGGUGAUGUUCAUUUUCGAUUUUCAAGUGAUCUGAAUUCAUUAUAUAGAAGAUUUGUGAAAUUUGAAAUUUUUCCAAUAAAUCAUCUAAACAGUCCAAAACCAAAAAUCUUUAUUUAUAAAAUUCGAAUCACUUUGAAAUCAAAACUGAAAAUCAUUAGCGAACUCAAAAUCAUCAAAUAUCCUUUUGAAAAAUUAUUUUCACUAUUGAAGCGUCAAUUGAUCGAUAUCAAGACUUUCAGGAAGAAGCCUUUCCAAAGUGAUAUUCAAAAACUUGUACAGAUGCUCACCUCAUCAAUCAAUGAAGAAUUUAAUUAAAUUCUGAGAUAUCUUUAUUUUUUCGCAUGAUGAAGACCAGAGAUCACUAGCUGGUUAUUCUUCUCAAAUUAUUCAAAAAAUAAAAAUGAAUGAGACUAUAUGAAAAGACUAGUUUCUGAUCUCGUUCUCAAGAAUUCAUACAGAUUCAAUACAAUUAAUUUAAAAAAUUGUUUUUUUUUUGUUCAUAUGAUAUUAAACUAUUUGUUAUUUCACAGUUGUUGCUGCCGAUGGUUUUACAUAUGAACGAGAAGCUAUUACUAAAUGGUUUGAAACUUCAAAUCGUAGUCCAAUGACAAAUGAAAUACUUGAUAAUCUUGAAUUAAAACCAAAUUAUGCGAUUAAAUCAAUUCUACAGUCGCUUCAAGGUGCUAAUACAAUGUCUACAAAAUCUGACAAAAAAUGA